AUGGAAGACGUAAGUAGCAUUCUGAAUGAUACUUCAAUUGAUGCCAAUGAACGUUUGAUGCUGCAUAAUAUGAUUGAUACAAUUGAAAAUGAAUUGAUAGGGAGUUCGAAACGACAUGAAGAAGUGUAUAAUAAGGUACGCAGAUAUUGUGAAACAUCAAUGCGUCAUUGUGAUCUGACUUCAUAUGCUCAAGUCUGGCCUUUAGGCUUAAGGGAUAGACAAUUGAAGAAAGUGGUUAGAAUGGUUGCCAAAGUAGUACCACCAGGAGUUUCAAUGUGGGAUGUCGAAAUAGUCAAGGAAAAUGGUCAAAAGAAGUUUGAAAAGAAAAUGUUAUAUGCUUAUGGGAAUUUUGAAAGAGUUUGGAAUAGAUCUAUGAAGAGAGCAGUGAAGCGCAAUAAAACAGAAACAAUAACACAGUUGAAAUUUGUUUAUGGAAUUUGUAGUUCGUUCAAGGAUAAUGUUUUGCAAACAAUAAAAUUAUACAUUGAAUAUGAUGAUGCAGUCAUGCAUACAAUAAAGGGGGCGCUGAACUAUAUGAACGCAUAUGGUUCCCUUCACAAAUGCAAACACUGCAAUAUCUUAGAUGUCUACUGUAUGAAUGACUUCUGUCCACCAGUAACAAGAGGCCCAGGAUGCAAUAAUACUAUAACAGAUACAAGAGAGUGCUUGAUUGAACAUACUGAUGAUGGACGAGAUGUAAGAACAUUUGAUGGUCUACAAACACAAACAAAAUUCAGUUCAGUUUUCAUUGAGGGGCCCUACCAUAGAGACUUAAUAAGUGUUGAUGUCGCUCCAGGAAAAAUUCUUGUUUAUUUAGAUAUGAUUAUUGACAAGUCUGAUUUUGGGUAUGACAAUGAAGCACAGAGAAAGUUUGGUGUCUUUUAUCAAUACACCAUUGAAAUGUAUAACACACACAAAGUAAUUGUGGACAAAAAAAGAAAAAAACUUCCAUUUACUCAAUCUAUAAAAAGCGUCCCCUUUCUGGAAAAAGUACAGUUUUACAUUGAAGGCAACAGUACUAUAAUGUAUGUGGAGUCCUUUGGAUUAAAGAUCAUGCUGCACCCUGAUGGCCGUAGUAGUAUCAGCCUGAACACCUAUUGGCAAAAGACGCUGCGAGGCAUUUGUGGAAACUUUGAUGGAAAUAUAUCAAAUGAGAAUGAAAUUGUGGAAGAUGAUUCAUGGUUUGAUUAUAAUCAGAAUGAUACUUUGACAGACUUGUAUGAUUAUGACUUUAUGAAAAUGGAUUAA